AUGCUAAGGUAUAAAAAGACAGUCUAUAAGUUGCUAUGGAUCUCGCUUUUAAUGGUAUCGUUUUGUGCGCCAUUUUCUUACGUCACAGCUGUAAGACUUAUAAAAGGACCCUACGCCAAUGAUGGAAUACCAUUUUCCCCCUUUGUGACUGUAAGAGUUAUUAUCGGACCCAAGGCAACUAAAGCAGUCACGGUAAGGUUGGUGCCCGUGAAAACGGUGGUUUUUCUCGAUUUUUCCCUGAAUCCUUGUGUCUAUAUUUGGGAGCACAGGGAAGAGAGACGAGUUGUGAUUGAUAAAUUACGGGCCUUUCUUUCUUUUUUG